GAAGAAUAGAUCAAAAUGAUACUGUACACAACAACAACAUGACCAAAGGCUUGACAGGCUUUCUUGUAAUAACAGUAGUAUUUUAAAAAAAGUUGACGAGUACAGUACUACAAGUAUUAUGUUUGUAUAUCAAAUGAAGGGUUGCAUUUUGUCUCCAAAUAACGACGGCCAAUCACCGCUGCAUGCACCGCAUGAAGAGGUUUAAAUAACAUGCAGGCUUCAAUUAAAGGAAAGUUCUCUUUUAAAAGGCAGCACUGUGAAUUCUGUGUUACGGAGCCGGACGUAACGGGGCAGUGCGGCUGGUUCUCUCCCACUCUCUGCCUGCUUGCCUGCAUUCAUAAACGGAUAUGAUACAGCCGCGCUGAAUACACCGGAGCAGCGACAACAGUCAGCUCUCACGAUGGCGGAAGAGGACGACGCAAGGAUACGGAUUCUACAGAGCCUGCGGGGGAAAAUUUGUGAAGCAAAGAACCUUGGUCCGGUCUCAGGCCCAAACCGACAAAGGGACCUUUGUACCUUUUGCACCAUCUGUCUGGAUCAAGAGGAGGUGUUCAGAACCAAGGUGUUUGAAAAAAGUGUCAGCCCUUUCUACGGUGAGGACUUCUACUUUGAGAUUCCACGGCCAUUUCAGUGUUUAUCAUUUUAUGUUUACGCCAAGAGUGUUUUCCAAAGGGAUUUACCAGUUGGCAAGGUGUCAAUUCGAAAAGAUGACUUGUGUAAAUAUAAAGGGAAGGAGCACUGGUUUAGCCUUCAGCUUGUGGACCCAAACUCAGAGGUUCAGGGCAAGGUUCAUCUGGAGAUGAGACUGAAUGAAGUGAUUUCAGAGAAUGGCUCAGUGGGUCAGCAUUUACUUGUGCAAAUAAUAGAGUGCCAGGGAUUGCCACUUAUUAGUGGGCAGAUCUGUGACCCGUAUGCCACAGUGUCACUCGUUGGACCAGCCAGAUCUGACCAAAAGAAAACAAAAGUCAAGAAGAAAACCAGCAACCCUCUUUUUGAAGAGACUUUCUUCUUUGAGAUUACACGGUCUAGCAGCUACUCCAAAAAGUCGCAUUUCCAAGUGGAGGAAGAAGACAUCGAAAAGCUAGAGAUCAAAGUUGAUCUGUGGAAUAAUGAAAAUCUGGCCCAAGAUGUGUUUUUGGGGGAAACACGGGUGCCUGUCAAGAUACUGCAAAAUAAUCACAUCCACAAAGCGUGGUAUCUUCUUCAACCUAAAGGGAACGGAAACAAGUCAAAAUCUGAUGAUUUGGGAUCCUUGCGUUUAAAGUUGGCCUACAUAGAAGACACAGUGCUGCCAUCUGCCUGCUACAUUCCAAUCUGCAACUUGCUGCUUAAAUCCCCUGACGUUAAGCCUAUCUCUGCCUCAGCAGCGCACAUCCUUGGGGACAUUUGCAGAGAGCGAUACGAGGCCGUUCUGCCCAUGGUUCGGUUGCUGUUGCAUCACAACCGCUUUUUGCCUUUUGUCUCUGCUGUGGCAGCGUUGGAGUUGGACAACACUCAGGAGGCUAACACUAUCUUCCGUGGCAACUCACUGGCAACACGCUGCAUUGAUGACAUGAUGAAGAUUGUGGGGAAAAAUUACCUUGCUGUUACCCUGAAGCCUGUUAUAGAUGAGAUCUGUGAAUCCAACAAAUCGUGUGAGAUUGACCCCAAUAAACUAAAAGAGGGAGAUAAUGUAGAGGUCAACAAGGAAAAUCUGCAGUUUUAUGUCCAAAAAGUCUUCUCAUCAAUCACCCAGUCUAAUGCCAACUGCCCUCCAUCAAUGUGUGCUGUCUUCAGGUCACUGAGACACUUGGCCUGCAAGCGUUUUACAGAUGAUCCUCAUGUCCAGUACUCGGCCGUGAGCAGCUUUGUGUUCUUGCGCUUCUUUGCUGUGGCUGUUCUUUAUCCACAUUCUUUCCAGCUACGCUCGCAUCAUCCUGAUCCUGAGAUAUCCCGCACACUCACUCUCAUUUCAAAGACUAUCCAGACUUUAGGCAGCUGGGGUAGUUUGUCCAAAAAACUGUCUAGUUUCAAAGAAUCAUACAUGUUUGAUUUCUUCAAAUCAUUCCAAGAAGACAAGUGUAUUGAAAAAGUAAAAAAGUUCCUCGAUGAAAUAUCUUCAAAUGUCAGCAAAGUGUCGAGUGGUUUAGAGGAUGCGGUGAUUCUGAAGGAGGGGGAAGUACAGAAGCGGGCCCAGGGGAGAAAACGCCUUGGAAAGAAAAGCUUCAAAAAGAGAUGGCUUCGAGUGACGAACAGAGAGCUGUCCUUCCACAAACAUAAAGGAAAAGAGGUCUGCAUCAUCGAUGUGAAAAAUAUCCAGGCAGUGGAAAAACUUGAUGAAAGUGCCUUUAACCGUAAAAAUAUGUUUCAGGUGGUUCAUGCAGAGAAGCAGCUGUAUGUGCAGGCAGGAAAUUGCGUAGAAGCCUGCGAGUGGCUAGAUGUCCUGGGCCAAGUCACUCGUUGUAAUGAUGGCCGUUUGGCCACUUUUCAUCCAUCCAACUACAGCGGCGGAUCCUGGCAGUGCUGUAAAAGCCAAAGUAGCAGCUCGCCAGGCUGCAAGCCCUGCACCAUACCCAUGCAGGCCAACUUGCAGCUAGACAUUGACUGUGAUCGGGAAACAGAAAGGAUUUUCUCCCUUCUCUCUGCGAAUGACACCAAGCUGCAAAACAUGGAGGAUGCAUGUGCCAGUAUGGCAGUAUACCAGGGUCCCCAACGAGAGCAGGAGGAAUACUCCAAGUUCACCAUUCAGGAACCCAAAGAGACCUUUCAGACCCUCAAACAGCUCCGAAACGUCAUGGUGGAGCUUCAAAGGCAGCAUGAGCUCCGAAGUGACACGACUGCACAGUAUGGCAGUUUGGACAACCCAAUAGUUGGGAAAACUUCCUAAGCGGGCAGGGCCUGCACACAAGAAGACGUAGGUAAACGUCCUCUGGAAGUCCUAGUGAAGGACGCCAACCACGUGUCCGGUUGAAGGAGCUUUGACUCCCAGUCAGCGACGCAACUUUGAUGUCCUAAGAACAGGAAGUUAACUUGUUCACUUUUUUAUGAUUCGUCCUUCUCUCAGAAACAAAUCAACCCCUCUUUUUGGUGUUAUCGUCUUGAUGCUGUACGUCGUCUCAGUCCGUCUAGUAGGUCUUUUAUAAAGAACCUUCCUCUUAGUUCAUGUCCACAGCUAUGUGAGUAGGCUGCUAUUUUUAAUUUAUUCACUCAGUUCUAGGCUGUGAGGAUGGAUAUUCUAAGAGGACCGUCCUAAACACUACGAUGAUGAUGAUUUAGCAUCUUUCCACCUCUGAACAAACGUGUACAUUUUCCGAAGUAAGAUAAAAAAAAAAAAAAAAAGCCAAUCUGCCUUUCUUUGGAUGUUCUUUCACAUGAGGGAGUCAAUAAUGUAAAAGCACUUUAAUAUUUCUCCAAAUGAGAAACUGAUUACUAGAUACUUGGUGUAUCAGCUUUCCCCAUUAUGAUCAGUUACAUGAUCCGGAUUUUGUGUUUUCAACCCUGUACAGUAACAUUUAUAGCCGGUUGAUUUUAUAUUUUUGUUGACCAAAGGCAUUUUCAUAGCUUUGACUUGAAAAACAAAAUUUUAUGUAUUUUGAAUACAACUAUUUUAAAAGUGGAAAAAAUAUUUGUGUAGUGUGUAUGUUUUGAUAACAUAUCCUUUUUCAUGACGUGUCAGGCAGAUUUUUUUCUUCUUUUACCAGUUUGUGGCUCAUAUUGGUACGAGAGCGCGUAUAUCUAAAGGUGUCUACACAUAAUGAAGGAAAUCCGAACUCUUUAAGACAAUCUCUGUAAUGAGCCUAUUUCUUGUAAGCUCUAAUCUGUUCACUGCCACAAUUGACAAAAGUCCAUUAAGGAAAAGAAAAUUUGUCAAGUAACCAAAACCUGAUAUUUGAAAGCGCAUCAUUUUUCCAAAUGUACCAGUGCCCAGCUUAGCUUAGCCUACAGUACAUAUUUAUACUGCAAUCAGCAGUUCAUACCAUCACAAUUGUUAACAUGUCACAUGGAACAAUGUUGGAAACUUGAAAUUUGUCAUUUGAAGUGUGAAUAUAUGGGAUUAAUUUUUUCUCUGUACGUUUAUUGGAAAUCACUUGUCUUUUAUCGUUCAUAUUUAAUGGAAAAAAACAAACUUGUUUUGUAUACCUGCUCGCAUCUUUUUCAUACUAUUGAUUUCAUGCGUUGCUCUGUUGAUGCAUCAACUUCUUCACUCUUUUUUUUAAAGUGCAUGUGACACCACAGAAAAUAUUAAAUAUCAUUAUUAUUGGAAUUAAAAUCAUAUUUUGAGACGAUUCGACUAUAUGCAACUGUUUUGCAAAGCGCAGAUGCCGAAAAAAUGAGUCUUUAAAUCUGCCGUUUAGCUCCUCCUGUUAUUAUAGCACUCUAGCGCCUCCAUCUGGGUGAGGUUGCUGGCAGAGUAAUGAUUCCAGCGGAUUUAGAAUUCAGCCCAAUGGGGUAGAUUCAGAACAAGCAAAAUGCAAGAGAGCAGCAAAAUGUCAUCAUUGUUUUUAUUCAAUAUUUUUACAGGAUAUUCUUUGUGUCCAAGUAUUUUUCCCCAAUUGCUAAAAAAAAAAAAAUGUAUGGUUAUGACAAAUGUCUUGUGCUAAAUAAAAUAUGAAAUAUUAAAAAUGCAUUUAUUCCUUACAACAGGGUUAAAUUACUGCAUAAUGGUCAAAACUGCCGACUUCUUAAACCUACCGAACGGUAUUUUAUGCACUGCAGUUAGUCCGGCUCAUGUCAUUUCCCAGCGGGGACUCGGAGCGAGGCUACAUGCUAAACCGAACACAGCGUCUCUUCCUCGCCUUUUAAAAAUCACACAAAACUACCUUGACUCAUGUCAAACACAGCGACGAUUGCCUUCACCGAUCGGCCAGCCUCCAGUGGCAAGCAAGUUUCGGCUCGUCGUUGCCCUGCUGCGGCUCCGGCAGGCAGGCAGUGCUCGUCGCCCGGGGACGCAGCAGGGCAACGAACACCGAAAAUGGGUUUCUCGGUGGACAAACCGGCCGAAGUCUGAGGGCGUGGCUGCCCGAGCCCAAGCAGAACAAGUAGUUUACUCACUUCCUCGUACGUCCAAUGCUCCCUCUGUUGUUAGAUUUUUUUUGCCCUUUAUUCGCGGUUUCGAAAUCCAAAAAGCCUCACACCACACUCCUGGUGUAGCAACAAAAGCCUGCAGCACAUUGGGCUGGCGUGACACGAAAAAUAAAUUAAUCCGCAAAAUCAGGUCAAUCCUUAGUUCUUCUCAUACAGCAGUAUAGUUAAGAUCAUGUAUCUUGUUGACGUCACAUCAUCGCCUUCCUCAAUCCAAGACUGAGGCCGGAAGUCUCAUUUUCAUAGCGUGAUAUUCAAAAAAUUGAAUAAAUAUAUCGAUCGCUUCUGCACACAUCAAAGUGGUCCAUUUCAUUCGGGAGCAUACAGUAAAAUUCCGUGUGUAAUAUGAAAUAUGCUUUCUUGUGUCACAGGUACUUUAAAGGCUGAAAGGGAAAAUGUGACUAAUGCGGUAAUGAUAUUUCAAAGUCUUUAUUAUUGCACAGCAAUGCUUCUGUAAUUUUAAGAAGGGACCGUGUUAUAGUGGCUGGUGUCUACAACUUGUGUACGUAAGUGAAACAUUGUGAAAGUGUGCAUUUCUUUUCCAUUGAAGUUUAAAAUGACUUGCCUAUAAUUUUCCUGUGGAGGUCUGCGUGGAUAAAAUACAAUAGCUGCUGUUUUGCCUUAUACAUUGCAAUAUUUACAAAUUACAUUGGAAAAAUAUGAACUGGCAAAAUAAUUUCUGAUUGGGGUCCAAUUCCUCAUCUAAUGUAUUUUUGUAUCGGACAGAAAAAAAGUCUACUUUUGUUGUGACGAAUGACACAAAACAUUUUUAAGCACUAUUGUGAUUUGAGAGAAUACUGCUAUUAAAAACAUUGACUUUCUCCGUGCCAUUUGUUGAUUGUUGAAUGUACGUUGUUAACUCAAGACACAGGUCGUUGCUUCUGAAUGUCCCUUUUUCUACACAAAUAUUUUUAUUUUCUGUAUCUUUGUGUCAGUUUAAACCUGUGUAUAAUAAAUAUAUUGCCAAAUGGUCCUCCCGCUUGUGGAACUUUUCCAUACACAAACAAUGAUUUCUAAUGUGCUUUGUGCAUCUAGUAUUUCAUGUCAUGAAAGAUUAAGGUUCAUUGGAUUUGAAUUCAAAAGAAACUUUGGAACAAACGAGUAGUGGUGCUGUAGAUAAUGCCCACAUUUAAUUCAGAACAUUUUUCUUUUAAUUAUCUUUAAUAGAGAAGGAACAGUAAUAUGAUUGAUUGAACGUCUAUCAUAGUCAAUGGCAGGGCCGUGCAGAGAGGGGCAAGUGCUCAUAAAUCAAGAAGGGGCACAUGAACAAGUAUUUAAUACACCUUACAACAACACAACUUCCAUUUUAACCAGCUUCACAGUAUAGUUGGCUGUGUCGUUGACAGACAUUAACAGGGAGGGGGGAAUAGUGAAUAGAAAGCAACACUGUCAUCAACACUUUCUGGCUGUGACUCAGUCAGUCUUUGCCUCUUUUCUUCCUUCA